GGAGAUUCGGAAUUUAAGCAUCGGGUCCGGAUUCUGAUCAAUCAGCUCCUAGGGUUUCUGGUAAUUCAGACCGGGAAGGGGGAAAAGGUGAAAAAUUUCGCGGCGAAGAUGGAGGGAUGGGAUCCGAGCACGAAGUCGACGCUGACGCAGAUCCUGCUCCUGACGACGAAGGCGGGUCCUAGAGAUGGACAGGCAUGGACGCAGAGGCUGAAGGAGGAGUACAAAUCUCUGAUCGCGUACACGCAGAUGAACAAGUCCAACGACAACAACUGGUUCCACAUCUCCGCCUCGAAUCUAGAGGGGACUCGUUGGACGGGCAAGUGUUGGUACGUCCACAACCUCCUCAAGUACGAAUUCGAUCUCCAGUUCGAUAUUCCUGUGACUUAUCCGGCAACUGCUCUGAAGCUUGAAUUGCCGGAUAUUGACGGCAAGACCCAUAAGAUCGUCCGUUUUGGCAUGCUGGAACGGACGAUCCACGUGAGACGUAGACCGUCCGUUCUUUUAGGAGUAACAUUUGUAGAUGCAGAUUGUGAACAUUAUCCGUCUUCGUUUGACAUUAUCAUUGAGAAAUAUCGAAAUUAUGAAAACACAUAG